UUCUUUUCUAGUUUUUAUUAAUCUGCUUAGGUCAGAAGUACAAAUAUAAUCAGAAAGAUACUGUAUUGUUAAUCUGAUAUAAAGAGGUUAUGCAAAUAAAUUGCCACUAUUUUCUAUCUUUGUUUGCAUGUAGUAAGUAGCAUGUGACUAUUAUGGCAUCAUUUGUAUUGGGGUAUGGUAUUUUUGUUCAUACUGGUAGCUUAAUUCUACCUUGUAGCUUCAGUAUAUGCUGGAAUGACCCAGUUUAUUCAGGAAGUGUAAGUGUGUAUUAAGCCACUGAUUAAGUCAUGGGGUUAAAAGUGUUUGCAGUUUUGUUUGACAACCCUCAGGCUGUGUAUCAGGCUGGUGCAACAAUUACUGGCCAUGUGCUUUUAGACAUUGAUGAGGAACUAAAAACAAGAGGAGUUAGAAUAAAGUUUGAAGGAAGAGCUUAUGUCCAUUGGACUGAAACGAGAACUGAGAGCUAUACUGAUGGCAGUGGCAAUAGGCGGACUCGGACAUACACUGUACACUAUUCUUCACAUCAGAAAUAUUUUGAAACUAAAGUUAUUUUGUAUGGACACUCUCAGUCCAAUGAGGCAUUCUACCUUCCCCCGGGCACAAAAACAUACCCAUUCAGGUUUGAUCUACCCCCAUAUCUACCUACAUCAUUUGAAGGGGAGUUCGGAAAUAUUCGCUACAUAGCCAGAGCCACCAUAGACCGACCAUGGUGGUUUGAUUAUCACACCAAGAGGGGUGUGAAUAUUCUUAGUGUAAAAGAUCUGAACACAAAGCCUCACUUGAUGACACCCAUGGGAGUAGCUGAUUCUAAGACUCUGUGCUGUCUUUGUUGUGCCUCGGGUCCAAUUGAGGCCAAGAUGUCUCUGUCAAGAACUGGAUUUGUACCAGGAGAGAGCAUCCCAUUUCGCAUUGAGAUCACCAAUAAAAGUAACUCUGACUUGACUGCUGUAAACGUUGAAUUAAACCAGCAUGUUUCCUUUUAUGCGGAAGGAUCAAGCAGACAUUCCAUGCGCAAUGUUGCAAGCAUGUCUCUUGGAUCUAUAGCUGCUACCAAAAGUGAAGAGUUUGACAAUGUAUGGCUAAGAAUUCCUCCGGUCCCACCAACAGAAACAGAGCUGUGCAGAAUCAUACAAAUAACAUAUCAGCUCAAGCUUAUAGUUACUCCAUCUGGUCCAUCAUUUAGUCUGAAAGUUCCACUUUCUGUCACUAUUGGUACUAUUCCUCUGCGAAUGUCAUCAGCCGACUAUACGUAUGGCACCUUUCAGUCAAGUAGUAAACCAACUGCUCCAUUGCUGGACCAGGCUGCAGCAAGUGCCCCACCUGUGGAGGAUUAUCCUAACCUAGCACCUCCAUCUUAUGCUGAAUGUGUAUUUGGCAAAGUAAAUAUCAGGGAUGAUGAAGACAAUGAACACACAACUGGAGAUGUGGAGUUUACUCCUGUGUAUACCUAUUAUGCUAACAUGAAGACCAAUCCAAGCUAACUACUUGAUCAAACUAGUUAUUGCAAAUCAUUAUAUACUGGUAUUCUAUAGUCAUGCCAGUGCAAGCUGGUGCCAAUUAAGUGCAAUACACAAAUAGAUAAAGAAUUAAGUUUGAAAAAAACUUUUUUCAAGAAUUUUAGUAAAUAUUAUAAAGAUGUGAUGCCAGAUCAAACUUAAU